ACUGAAAUUAAAGAUUAUCUACAUUAGUAGAAAUGGACAUUACACAUUUAAAGUUCAGUGAGGAACUUAAGGUCAACAACCAAUCAUGUUGAAGAAUUUUACACGAUUACGAAGCUGCUUUCUCCAUUGCAGCCCGUAUUUUUCCUAUAUGAAAAAGAUGCCCCGUUGCGUUGCUAAUGGAUGUGAAAAUACUACCGACAUUAAGAAAAAACCUGCAGCACAGGUAGAAUUGGAAAAAAUAAUGAGAAUAACGUUUCACUCAUUUCCUUCUGAUCCUAUUAGAAGAGCAGAAUGGAUAAGGAUAUUGCAACUUGAAAACAAAAUUAUUGGUAGGUCAAGUCGCCUAUGUUGUCUUCAUUUCAAGGAAGAAUAUAUAGACCGUUCAUCUUUGGUAUAUGUAAGAUUAAAAGAGAAUGCUGUUCCACAUGUAUUUGAAAAUAUGUAUGAUGAUAUAAAAAUAGGAAUAACAGAUUUGAAAUGUGAUAAAGAAACAAACACUUCCCUCUCUUUAUUGCCGAAAAAACUAAAUACUCGGGAUAAGGAAACGAGAAUCUCGCCUGAAAGAAUAUGCAAUAUGAAUUCUUCAAAUAUGGAAAUGAUUGGAAAAGCAACUAGUGCCGAGAUUAAGCAUUUACGUCAAAGGAUACAAACUUUAAAGCGGCAAAUCUGGCGAAAAGAAAAAAAAAUUGAGACUAUGAGGAUUAUCGUAGAAAAAUUCAAAAUAGAAACCGUUAUCAGGGGUUAAUGUAAUAAUUACUUUUUCUAUCUUCUCUCUCUCUCUCUCUCU